UCUGUUAAUAAGAUUUUAAUUUACUUCCAAAUUAUAGUAUAUUUGCAUCCUAUCAUUUUCAAAACCUUUAUUUACCUAAAAUCCACAUUUUAAAGAACUAUAACUUUUUGCAGAUCGAUAAUUUUCAAAAUGUGGAAAAAGGAGAUUCCUUUCAAACCGAAGCCAGUCGCGCUAAAUGACUCUAGAAACGAGAAGAGGUAUUAUCAGAGUUCUUCCUCUAGUGAGCAGACACCUAAGCAUAUUCCAGAUGCAGAUCCAUCUAGGCUAAACUCUAAAUUUAAAUGCAAAUUUUUAAAAUAAGUUAGGAAAGAGACACUCAAUUGUGAAAUCUCCAUCCCUAGAGAAGUCCUGAUCUAUUAAACCAAAGGAGGUCAACUUCAAGUCAAUGGGAUGAGAAGGAUUGUUCAAUCACAUCCCACAUAAAAUUGAUGACAAAAUAUGGGAAAAUGACCGUGAAAUGAUCUUUUUCAAACGUAACGGUUCUGAAUACAUCGUUCAACCCAAAGCAAUGCUUUACAGAGGAAGUAUGUGUACGACCGAGCUGUUUUCUGACAAGCAAUAAAAAUGCAAAUAAUCAAUGGGAUCAUUAAGAAGAAGCUAUUGCAGCUAGACAAAUCAUCUCAAGCUGGAGCCACGAGUAGGAAUAAGUCUCAAAUUGGAGAAAAGAAAGGACUCAAGUUCCAUAGCUCCAACAGUGGCUGGGUUUUCAAUAAGAAAAAGUUUAAAAAAUACCAACAAGGGUUCCAAUUUCUCACACAAAAUAAUGAGAAAAAAAAAAAGAAAUCUGGCGAGUUCGAAAUUCCACUGCUCCCAUGUUUACCAGAGAGAAGCAGACGAAUUAAGAGGAAUAAAUCCAAGAGAGGCAUCAGUUUGCCCUCAAAGAGUAAUAUCGCAACUGAAAGAAAACGGUCAGUAGUCAACAAGUCACAGGGCAGGCUGAGCAAGUACUCAGAUAUUGUCCUAAAACCACUAGAUUAUAAAAAGAAGAGAAGCAGCAGGAAGCAUCUCAGAUCCAGACAAUACUCCAGCAUCAGUAUGCCAAAGGGAAGAAGUGUCAAUAGGGAUAGAGCAAAGAUAAUAUGUAGCAAUAAUAACCUUGUUAGAAGAAUUUCCAGCAUUGCCAGUCUGAACCGAGACACUCUCCUCAGAGCUUCCAGAGAAGGAAUGAUAGACCAGAUAAGGAAGCAAUAUUUUGGGUAG